AUCACUUUUGUCCCCUCCCAAACCCUAGAAAUCCCUCCUCCACUCAAGAAAGGGAGAGAGAGAGAAGUACGUUCUUCUUCGCCGCUCUCCCUCCAAAUCGCCAUGGUGUCCCUCAAGCUGCAAAAGCGGUUAGCUGCCAGUGUUCUGAAGUGUGGAAAGGGAAAAGUAUGGCUUGAUCCCAAUGAAACCAGUGAAAUCUCCAUGGCCAACUCUAGGCAAAACAUAAGAAAACUGGUGAAGGAUGGCUUUGUGAUAAAAAAGCCAUCGAAGAUCCAUUCACGGUCACGCGCUCGUCGGGCCUUGGAAGCUAAAAGGAAGGGAAGGCAUUCUGGAUAUGGUAAACGUAGGGGUACUAGGGAGGCCAGGCUGCCAACAAAGAUUCUUUGGAUGAGGAGGAUGAGGGUGCUGCGACGGCUGUUGCGCAAAUACAGGGAAGCGAAAAAAAUUGACAAACACAUGUACCAUGACAUGUAUAUGAAGGUUAAGGGUAAUGUUUUUAAGAACAAGCGUGUGCUGAUGGAAAGCAUUCACAAAUCAAAGGCAGAGAAGGCAAGAGAAAAGACCCUGUCUGAUCAGUUUGAGGCCAAGAGAGCCAAGAGCAAGGCAAGCAGGGAAAGGAAGAUAGCUCGGAGGGAAGAACGACUUGCUCAGGGUCCCUCCGCACAACCAGCAGCAGAGGCACCCAAGAGGAAGAAGUGAGCUUGCUCAAGUCCUAACUAAAGACUGAAUUUUGGUUUUGCUGAUGAGCUGGAAGAUACAGGUGGCUGGUGAAAUAGGGAAAUCUAGUAAGUGUUAGGUGUGAAAGAGUGUCGCUUCAUAUUUGCUGAAAUUUUAUCAGCUGGAUUUUUGGACAUCUUUUGUUAAGUUUUGGAACUCAGCUGUUGUCCAUGGUUUUGUUGAACAUCAUACUUUAUCUCGUUAAAUUUAUUUGUUUCUUUGAAGCUAA